UGAGAUUGAAUGGGCGCUCUGAGACACAGUGUGCUGUUUAUCAUACAGAUGGGACGCCUCAUUGCAGACCCGGGAGCGUUCCCGCCGCGCCGGGAGCUGUCCUUUCAGCACCACACAAUUGCCGCUUGAAGUUGCAUUGCCGUUUUUUUCUUUUUCACCAGGAGCUUUUCUUUCAGCACCACAACAUUGCACUUAGACUUUUUAAACGGCUGCGUCCCUCUUUGCUCUGAAGACCAAUUUCGUCUGCACUUCCAGUUAUUGCUGUUACCUGUAGGACUUUCAAUCCUAUUUCACCCUCGCCACCCUUCCCCCAAACAGUUUUAAGAUAUCUAUUUCUGUGGAAGUCAUUUUUCUCAUUGAAUGAUCAGAAACAAAGAUGAAUUCUAACCUUUAACGGCUCAUUCCGACUCAUUGCUUACAGUAGAUCUAAGCUCUUUUUUCUGCUUAUUCGACUCCUUCCAGCUUCCCAUCACAUCUGUAACAAACUUUUAAAAGUAUAUUGCCACACCACCAUGCACAAGCCUACCUGCACAGUAGAGAGAGAUAAUUCCAUCGCAUUCAGAUGGUUAACAGAGGUUAGCACGUCCUGUAUUUAUAUAUAUAUAUUUAUAUCGCUUUCUAAGAAAGUGCAUAUUAAUGUUUACUUUAAAGAAUGUGUAAAUGGUGCUAUCGAGAAAUCUGGUCAAUUUUAUCCCAGUCUUUUUGUGUACCACUUCGAAUGUAUGAGAUUUAUUUUUCUAUUGGAAAAAAAAAAAUAAACAGUCUGAAAGCAUUACAAUUGGUAGAUUUUAGUAAUUUUACAGUGAACUGAAUCCCUAUGUCAUAGUAUCAUUAAAAAUUUAAUGAUGGGUCAUGCAAAUUACAACAUGCUUAAUGAUAAUAGUCACACAUUUCUGUCUGGACACUCUUCAGACCAUCUGCUGACUCCUAAAUGUCUGUUUCACCUGAGAUGAGAUGUCUAGAUACUCCAAAUUUUAAAUGUUUUGAUGUGGAUAUGGAAAAAGGGGUUGAUUGAGUGCUACUGUUUACUACAGAUUCACAAACUGAGACUGGUUCAUCAGUGGUAGAGAUUCAAAUGGUAUCUCUCAAAUGCAAGGGAAACGUGGCUUAGCAUGUCACUAUCUGGUGCAAUGCAGUCCCUGUACAUAUAAUAUGCUGCAUCUUUACUAAAAAUGCUUUAAAAAUCUUUAGUGAACAAGAGAACAAUAUACUCUAUUAUAGUUAUAGAAAUAUGUUGCUUCUAGCAGUUUGCUGCUUUGUUUUUUCCUUAGACAUUUAAUAGUAUAUAAUUGUUAUCUGAAAUUAUAUGCUAAUGCCUUUUGUUCAGAGGGUAAGUACUGUGCUGCUUUAACCAGUUGUUAGUAGACAAUUUUACACACAGCACAUUGUUUGUAGCUGUAUUCAUAUUUUUUCCUCUUAAAAUUGUACUUAAAUACUUUAGGCCAAUUCAUUCCAAAUUCAUUAUUAUUUUAAAGGUACAAUAUUUUUCUAUGCAGAUUAAUACAAUUAGCUCUAUAUUAUAUAAACAGAAAGAUACGCAGAAAGGUUUACAUUACAUAUAAACAUAAAUAUUGCUCUUUGUAAAUGAAAAUUCCUCUUUUGUGAUUAAAAAAUACUAUAAUUUCAGGUUUACAAUACAAAUAUUGUUUAAACUGAAAGCAUUCAGUAUUUUGCUUACAAUAUUUUUUUAAGGAUAAUUUAAAAUGUGUAGCUUUAACAAAAAAAGUUUUACACAAUUAUAGUGGGUGAGCAGCUGUUUCCACAUUGUUAGGGCACAGAAGUUAAGAGUUCAAAUUGCCACAUUAAUCAAAGAAUUGAGACUAUGAAAGCCAUUUCAUUUAAUCUCAUUAUUGAAUAAACAGCUCUGUAGUGAUGCCUAUUUGUACUUGUUUCUCUAAUAAAAAUGCAACUGUAGCUCUCAACACAAAUUAGUUUUAAUUAUUUAAAUUAUAUGAAUUUGUCAAACAUAAAUAGUCUAACACCUGUUUUGCCUUUUCAUUUUAUGGAAAAAAUAUUGCAUGAAAACUAAUAGAUGAUGAUAGUGGGGAAUAACAAAGGUAGGUUUACGUAUUUAUUGUAAUUCUAUUAAUUAAAAAAAAAUGCAAGUGUGAGUUGAUUACUAUCAAGCAGGAUAAAGAAGCAGUCUGCUUCAUAGCUGUGCAAGGACACAACAGAAAACAGCAAAACAGAAGAAUGUCUCAUACACUGAGUCAAUGCAACUGACUUGUCCUGUGCUCAUCUUUGAGAACUGGUGACCGUGAUUUGCAGUACAGCAAUUCAUCUUCCGAAUACAAUGAUAACAUUACAAAGUAAUGAGUGGUGUAGCUCUUGAGACACUUAAUCAGGGCACCAACAGGUACCAUGACAGUUACCAAUAUAUUUGAAAAAAAUCUCAGGCAAAGGAAAAAGACAAAUUUGGGUUUCCCUGCUUUAUAUUUGUUUUGGUAAUUCAUUUCAGGAGAUCUGCUUGUGCAUACAUGAAGAGUACCCAAGUGUCAGAAGGGCAUAAUGUGGUAUAAAAAACAAUUGGUAGCUAACUCUGAAAAUGGAGAAAAUGUGUGUUUUCUCCACAGAAUAGUAUAAUCAUAUUUGUUGCUUCUGUUGCAUGUUAUAUUUUGUUUUAAAAGAUUUACUAUUUAAAAUUCUGAACAUCUUAACACGCUGCCCUGAAUUCACUUAUCAUUUGGUGGAGGAGGGAAAUAAACAUGUAAUCCACUUGUGGUUGGUGGUGGUGGUCUUAUAUGGCACUUCAAGCAGUGAUAAUUUGUAUGACUUUCUGUAUAUUAAACCAUACCUUAAUAUUGA